UAUUUUACCACCUUUUACUUUUUCAAUUUCUAAUGAUCAUUUCUUGCCAAAAAUACCCAAUAAUUCAUCUGGAACGAACAUCAAUUCUCAGUAAUCAUGUCGGGUGAUAUAGCCAGCGAUUCUGCUGAAGGGUCCUCACGAUCCUCCAGUAACCGCCACAAUCAACCUCAGACGACGGCUCCGCUGAGCCGUUACGAGUCACAGAAACGGCGAGACUGGAAUACUUUCGGGCAGUAUUUGAAGAACCAGAGGCCCCCGGUUGCACUAUCACAGUGCAACUGCAACCAUGUUUUUGAUUUCCUCAGAUAUCUGGAUCAGUUCGGGAAGACUAAGGUUCACCUACACGGUUGCAUCUUUUUCGGACAACCCGACCCGCCUGCUCCAUGUACUUGUCCUCUAAGGCAAGCCUGGGGCAGCCUUGAUGCACUGAUUGGACGCCUCAGAGCUGCUUAUGAAGAGCAUGGUGGGUCACCGGAGACUAACCCUUUUGGAAACGGAACAAUUCGGGUUUAUUUGCGUGAAGUGAGGGACUGUCAAGCUAAGGCCAGAGGGAUUCCAUAUAGGAAGAAGAAGAGGAGGACUCAAAUUAAACCCAACGUCGAUGAGCCUAUGCCAUCUUCCGAGCAACAGCCUUCCUCGCUAGCUGCCUAGCUAGGAUCUUUGGAUUCUUCGUAUAUAUGAAUGAUCGGCAUUCAGAACGAGCAAAAUAUGGCAGAGUGGAGGGAAAAGAUUUAAGGGGAGAAGCCAAAGGAACGAGGUUAACUUUAGCACUACUACUAUACAAGUACUGCCACUGUCUUAGAAAAUCUGUGGGUCCAUCGGUUU